AUGGACAUGGCAGGUCUGGAAGACGGAGAAUGCAGAACAAAAUUCCACCAAUGUCUACUCAUGUUAGAAUGCGGUCCAGGAGGAAGCUUAGCAAUGCGGAUUCCUUCACAAAUUGCAUCCAGGACGCUGCAAUUGAAACGCUCCUGGUUCUAUUGCCGCGGAAGACGUUACGACAUAUCUAUACGACAGACGACAUAUCUUCCUCCGUCUGGGAUUUACGAGAUGACAAAGAUCAUCCAUUCAACAUGGAUAGACGAAAGGAUACCUGAUUCGUGGAGACACGCUAUCAUAAUUCCCCUCCACAAGAAGUUAUCCGUCGCGGACCCUAAGGAUUAUCGAGGGAUCUCUUUGCUGCGUGUUAUGUACAAGGCAUUGGAACAGAGUAUCCUGGACCGACUAAUUAAACAUCGCGAAGAAAGAACGUGCGACGAGCAAGCUGGCUUUCGUCCUGGCCGAUCUACGAUUGACCAGGUUCUCAUCGUCAGAAGAGUGAUCGAAAUCUGGCAGCGGUAUUCGAAGCCAAUGCAACUAGCGUUUCUGGACUUUGAAGCCGUGUUCGACUCUCCUCACCGAGGCCAUCUUCUCAACGCACUCCGCGCCGAUUAA